AUGUGUAAUCCGCCGAACGCUCUGCAAGAGACAGUGAAAGAUAUUUGGUAUAAAAUAGCGUUCGUUCUCUGCGGAGUCACACUGUUUAGCUACGCACUUGCAUUCGUGGUGCUUUCUUACAAACAUUAUCAUCGAAAAGAUCGAAAACAUGAGACGGCACGUAAGUCAAUGCGAAGUCUAACUGUGAUAUUUUCGACAUUUCUGUGCACAAGAUUUAUCACUAUACUCAUAGCCAAUGCGUUAAACAUCGUACACGUUGAUCCUGACUAUAUCGAACUUUGCCAAAUGUACAGCGCUGUCACCGCUAUGAUGUCUUAUAGUCUAAACUUCUAUGUGAUUUUCUGGAGAAGUAGAGAUCAUCGUGAGCAUCUUCGUCAACAGCAGAGAAAGCUGCUCAAACAUCUUUUUGGCACAUGCUUCAAAUUUGCUGCAAAAAGCAUCUUCACUUCCAAUCAGUCAGUGAGCACAAGCGUAAACAACACGACGGUGAUAAGCUUAAGGCAAAGGUGA